AUGGAAAGGCCGAUGGCGCAAAAUUUAGGAGAUUCCCUAACACUUGGAUUACUAGCUAUUGACGGCAUGAACCGCGGACCCAACAACAAUACAGGCUUUGGUUUAAUAUCUGUACGGCCAAUUUCUUACAGCGAUGCAAUGCAUUUACUGAGACUUCUUAAAGGUAAAAACUUUAUAUGUAAAACGCAAGACAUGUUCCGACAGUUGUUUUUCAAUGAUUACUUGGCAUGAGAUAACAUUAAUAUUGACGAUAAUACUAAUCAUCAUCAUCAUCAUUAUCAUAAUAAUAAUAAUAAUAAUAACAGCAAAGGCGAAACGAAUGAAUUAGGGCCAUUCAAUGCCUCUCUUGUCUUCAACAGGGUAGUAAAGAGAACGAUUUUUGUCAUGAAAAGGAUUGGAGUUUGAAGGCCUUGGCGGCACACCUCUAUCCAAAAAUCCAUUGAGUACCCCCACCCACCCCCGGGACAUUUAAUAAUAGCAGGUAACAGCACAGAACUUAAUAAUGAACCUCGGUCUCUUUUCAAGUGAGUACGUGUAGGAACCUUCAGGAAAAAUAAAACUAAAAAGAGAAGCAAAGCUAACAACACUUCCAAUACUCCUGCCUUCUUACUGAGAUUUUAUCAACUUGUUAAGACGUUGAGCACCGACCUGUCAAAACGUAAAUAACGACAUUUUAUGAAUCUGCGAAUCUGAGAAAUCAAGUUACUGUUAUCCAAAAACAUACAUCAAGGUAUUUUUCUUUUCUUAUCAGGUAUGCAAGCACCAAGAAUAGAUAUUGGCAAGGGAUAACAAACGUUUCCUUCAAUGUUGGACCAGGCUUCAACAUGCCGAAAUCAACUAUUAGACUGCAAAUCAACAACAAGAUCGUCAUGAAAUCCAUAUAUAACGUCAACGGAACUAUUUACGGCCAAGAGGAACCGGACAGAUCUGUUUUGAUUGGCAGUCAUCGAGACGCCUGGCUGUUUGGAGCAGCAGAUCCUUCAAGUGGUACAGCAACUCUGCCAGAAAUAUCAAGGGCAGUUGCAAUUGGGAAGAUGUUAAAAGGUAGGUGGCGACCACGAAGGACAGUUAAGUUCUGUAGCUGUGGGGGGGGAGGCGUUGUUUACUUGAGUACAGACGUGGCAGUUGGUGGUCGUUACGUUCUCGUCACUCAGAAUUGUCCACUUCUAUCACACGCCAUCUUCUCUUGGGCCAAAAAAGUUAACCAAAACGCACAUGGCAAUAAAACCAGCCUGUACGACAUUAUGGUUGAGCGAAACCCGUCUGAAAGUAAUCCUGGAGAGCCUCACGUUAUUCCAUAUCUUUUAACGAGUUACUUUUUUCGGUUCUAUAUGUACUCUGGAAUACCGUUGGCAGACUUUAGCUACUUCUUUGGACCUGUGAAACCUAUUACGGUCUACCCUGUCCUCCAAACUCAGGAAGACAAUUUUCAUUGGAUAAAAACCUUUAUCGAUCCAAAUUUCGCGUUGGGAACCAGAGCAUUUCUACUGAGAUUAUUCAUAACGCUGUAUUGUAUUGAACUUUAA